ACUCCUACCGACUUCUUCGCAAUCCAUUCAAGUCACGCAAAGCACACGAGCAGCUGCGCAUACUAAUUCAAUGGCGGUCAUGUCACGGUUGAAGAGGCUGGCGGCGCCCGCGCUGCUGGUGCUGCUUGCGCUGGCGGCGUCGACGACCCAGGACGGCGCGGAGGCGGCGCCGGGCAAGGAUGACGAGUCGUGGACGGGGUGGGCCAAGGACAAGAUCUCCGAGGGGCUCGGCCUGGACAAGAUCUCCGAGGGGCUGGGGCUCAAGCACGACGCCGACGAGGAGGCCGCGCGCGAGACCGUCCAGCACACCGCCUCCGAGACGGGGAGUCAGGUGAGCGGCAAGGCAGCGGACGCCAAGGAGGCGGCCAAGGGAACGGUCGGGGAGAAGGCAGGGGCGGCCAAGGACGCCGUGUUGGAGAAGACGGAGUCCGCCAAGGACGCCGCGUGGGCGACAGCGGAGGCAGCCAAGGGGAAGGCCAACGAGGGAUACGAGAAGAUGAAGGAGAAGUGGGAGGCCGUCGGCGCUACCAAGGAGAAGCUCGGGGAGGUGAAGGACAUGGUCACCGGCGCGGCAGCCGACGGCAAGGACAAGACGCACCGCAAGGAUGACGAGCUGUGAAUGAGGACGAUCGAGCCGCAUUUCUUGCCAUACUUGUUCUUUCGAGAAUGUUUUCAGUGUUCGCGCUAGAUUUUUAUGCUGUUCCUCUUGUACAAUAAUGUGACCAUCUGUAGAGAACCCUGCACGACCGAACAAGCUUCUUUUUGAAAA